AUGCACUUCUCUCAAUACCCUCUUCGACUGACGGACCUGGAGCGGCAGAAGCUGCAACUCAUCGUGGCGGCACUGAAGGUGAGUGAGUACACGGAUGACGUUGAUGACUUCAUGCACCCCUAUGGAAAAGAGGGGCGCAUGGUGACGGCUAUGCGUGAGUUCAUCGACAUCGUUGUCGGACUCGCAAUAGCCUCGGACGCCAUUCCACGUUCCAUGAAGAACUCAUUCCUCGCAGGGGAAGUGAAAGUGGCCACGGUGGUGCCACUGCUGGAGGAUCUCUUUGAAAUUAUGCGCCGCCACAAACGGCUGAACCCCUUCAGCCACCGCGGCGAGUUUGGCAAACUAAUGAUGAUGCUGCAGGAUGUACAGAAGCAGUCUCUUCAGCGCGCUCUUGAAAUUCAAAGUACGCUUGUCAUACCGGUGCGCACCGUGGAGGCGGCUCUCUCUAGCAUCCAGUGCGAAACCCUCGCUGACGACGAGGCCGUACGCACUGAUUAUCUGAAGAGAACGAGGUCUGAAAAACAGGCUGGCAUGCAGAACCUUAUCGACCGCUACAGCCAAGGUGAUGAGCACAAAAAGGAGGUCAUCGAGCACUGCCUGCGCAGUAUUGAUGAUGUUUAUUCGUUUAUUCAGUCUAGCACGCGGCCGCUUCGUACCUUGCGGCGCUAUCUUAGCCGCGACUUCGAGCUUCUUCCAUCAGACAACGUCUAUAGCAUCGCCAUCCGCCACGGCUGCAGCGGUGCCCGCUUCACGCACAGCCACGCCACGCACUGCCAGUACGUCACCGAGUCGCUGCUGCUGUGGGAAAAUGUGCAGAAGAACAUUUUGAACUUGUGGGAGGCCGCUGAAGACGACAUGCUCGUGGCGGGGCAGGGCCAGUACGUCGUGGCAAACACAGGGCAGGGGUUUCAUCGUAUGUGCUCAGCGCCACGGAGCUACGCGGUCAUGUCACGCCUUGUGCGCGACACGGAGCAACGCAUGGGGGGCUGGGUUGGAAUAAAGGUGAUCCACCUUGGCGACCGCGACGUUCCAAACCCACUCGUGUUCAUCGAUAAGUACACCGGCAUCCCCCCGUUGGUAAAACCGGUUCUGCAGACACUGCACGCUCUGCGCUACGUCUUCCAUGAGGAAGACGAGGAGGACGCAGCCCAGCCGCCUGUGGCGCACGAGUACGACAACUACCCUGGUCUGCAAAACCUGCUGCGCUCCAAGUAUCAUAGCUACAGCGAAUUGAUGAUGAUGAUCCUGAGCGACUUCUUCAAGCACGCCUUCGACGGCUCUGGUGACGACGGCGGCAGCUGCAUCGACGGGAGGCUUACAUCCGCGUGGAACUGGUGCCAUCAGUUGCACAAGAAGAAGUUCUAUGACGCAUUCGUGCUGACAGGCUUUACGGGGUUUGAUUGA